AUGUACGGUCUCGUGCAGUGUUCCGAAAUAGACGAAAUGAUCGCGAAAUCGGCGAUGUUGGCGCAACGACCGACGAGGAUAGUGGGUGGGAAGGAUGCUGAGAAGGGACUUCAUCCGUGGCAGAUUUCGGUGCACUGGGGUGAACGGGAACGAAAAAUUGCGUCGAGACACAUUUGUGGUGGUAGCUUACUGACAGCCGGUUGGGUGUUAACGGCUGGACAUUGUAGAAUUCUCGCUCCGUUCAGGGGCGAGUACGUGAUCCUUGCUGGGAAAUAUAAGUUGGGUGUUUUGGAGGAUACCGAGCAAAGUAGACUGGUGGAACGAAUAUUCGUUCAUCCAGAAUACGACGAGACUGUUGCCCCAUACGAUAUCGCGUUGAUGAAGUUGGAGGAACCAUUCGACCUGAAUCCCUUCGUUGCCACGGUCGCUCUGCCAUACCCUGACUCAAUACCAUCUGGAGACGUCAUGCUGACUGGAUGGGGAAGCAUCGGAAGAACACGAGCCCCAGAACGCCCAGAGAACCUCCAAGCGGCCACGUUACCUAUAGUCGACUACGAUUUGUGCAAGCUUACGUUGGAUAAGAGUUUGAAACGGAAGGAGAAGAAUCCACUUCAUCCGACGAAUAUCUGCACGGGACCUUUGGACGGCAGUCUGUCGGCUUGCAAGGGAGACUCUGGAGGCCCUCUAGUCAAAAAGAACGCUUUCGGUGAAGCGGAAGUGGUAGGAAUAGUCUCCUGGGGACUAUUUCCCUGCGGCGGAAAGAACGCGCCUACCGUGUACACACGGGUCUCCGCGUUUAUCACGUGGAUCACUGUGAUCAUGUUAAAUUAUUCAUAA